AUUACGGCCCGUGGGAGUCUACAGAGUCAGCAGCAACAGCAGACGACUCAACUCAAGACUGUGUGGACUGAUCACAAGCGACUCGACAGUGUAGCGCGAUGAGUGGGGACGAUAGGAAGGGCGUCCCGCCUUAUAUGGUGCCAGUGGAGGGAGGAGACGGUGGAGUAAAGGUUUAUCACGUCCACACGCCAUUCACUCCUCCAGAGAGCUCCCAUUCAGGGCUACCAGUAUACACAGGUGGUUUGGGCUCCUCCCCAGAUAACGAUGGCAAAAACAAGUAUGUGAGCUAUGACACAGCACUGGGCUUCAACCCCGGCAUGGCCACCUGCACCUCCUGCCAGCAACAGGUCAUGACCAACGUGACCUACAAGGCCGGCCGAUACGCCUGGCUCAUGUGCCUGCUCUUCGUCUGCCUCGGGUUGGUGCUCUGCUGCUGCCUGAUCCCCUUCUUCAUGAACAAGUUUAAGGAUGCCUACCACACGUGCCCCCGCUGUAACAGAGUGCUGCACAUCGAGAAGAGAAAAUGUUGUAAAUGACAGACAUGAUGCACAUUUGAACACAUGGAAAUGACCAGAUGAGGAUUAGCAUUUUUAGCCUAAGCAAAAUCAAACAUUAACACUUCUAAGAUUCCUCUCUCGAGAUUAGGAGUGAUUUUGCUUAAAUUAAGCACGUCCGAUGCAUGUUGCGUUCCAGCAGAAAAACGUAACCUCUUCUUAACGCUUUAAAAACUUUGAAAUGAAGGUUUGUAAAUAGACUUAAUCAAAUACUUUUAUUUGAACAUAUUUCCUUAACUUCUUAAAAUGCCUGCUUAUUUAGUAUUAUGUUUACAUUGUUAUCCAUCACACUGCCAGUUAUUAAAUUAAAAAUACAAAAUUGAUUUAGUCACUGGUUUUAAAAAUAAAUAAAUGUUGAAUUAUAAGCUAGUUUAAAUAUAAUUCUUAAAAAUUUAAUGUAAAAACAAAUGAUGCAUUUUUCCAACCCUCUCUCACCUCAGAAUAUGGUUCACUGUACAAGUAUUUGCAAUGCCAUUUCUCAAAUAAACUAUAAAC